AUGAUCGAGAACAAGGUAGUCCUUGUCUUCUACAUCUUUACCUUCCUCACUGGCCUCCCUUCCAACCUCCUGGCCUGCUAUGCAUUGCUGAGGAAAGUGUGGCAGAAACCGAUCCCCAUCGACAUCCUCUUGCUCAACCUGACCCUGUCUGACCUCUUCCUCCUGCUCUUUCUGCCCUUCAAGAUGGUGGAGACAGCCUGGGAUGGAAAGUGGAUCCUGCCUUGGUCCUUGUGUCAUCUGACAAACUUCUGUUUCUACAGCAGCUGCUACAUCAGCACUCUUUCUCUCACAGGAGUCAGUGUGGAACGCUACCUGUGCACUGCCUAUCCGGCCAAGUACAAGUCACGCCGCAAGCCUCCCUAUGCCAUAGCAGCCAGUCUCUUCUUCUGGUUAGUGGCCUGCUCCCACUGCAGCGCCAUCUACAUCACUGAAUACCACCAGGAGGCCCUGCCCAUACAAAACCUCACCACUUGUUAUAAGAACUUCUCUGUUGCCCAGCUCCAGCUUCUUCUCCCUAUCCGACUGGAGCUCUGCCUCAUGCUUUUCUGCCUCCCAUUCCUCAUCACCUUUUUCUGCUACGUCAAAGUUAUCCGUAUCCUGCUCUCUAUGCCCAGCGCACAUCCCCAGCGGAAGAAGCGUGCUGUGGGGCUGGCUGUGUUCACUUUGCUCAAUUUUGCCAUCUGCUUUGGACCCUUCAACAUCUCCCACAUUGUGGGCUUCAUUGAGAAUGCAAGCCCUUCCUGGAGAAGAUAUGCCUUCCUCCUCAGCUCCUUCAACGCCACUUUGGACCCUGCCAUCUUCUACUUCUCCUCCACCACCAUCCAGCAAGCUUUUGCUGACUGGUGGCUCAGCAUGCGCAGCAGACUCUCAGCUGUUGUUUCAUGUGGCUCUCUCCCUUCCUGCACAGCUCCUGGAGACAAGGAAGCAAGUGCUGGCCGUUUACCUGGAUCCGGCUUCUCUUUUGACCAGACAAGUGCUUACAUCCUGACAGAAGCCUCUUUUGCACACAAAGCAGCAACCUUGGAGGUCAGAAUGCUGGGCACUCUGGAAUCAGCGCAAGGCAGAGAGCAACAGAAAUGCGUAGAACACAGAAUCUAA